AUGGCAGACUCACAGGUGACUUUUGAAGUUCGAAAGACAGACAUGCCCGACGAGAUGCAACAGGAAGCGGUGGACGGCGCCAAGCACGCCUUUGAGGUUUCCAAAGACGUCGCCAGUGUGGCAAAAUUCAUUAAAAAUCGGUUCGAUAAACGCUUUUCUGCAACGUGGCACUGCAUCGUCGGACAGAAUUUUGCAAGGUGA